AAUCAAUAGUUGUAAUUCCAAGUUGAGUUUGAGAUUAGAUCCAAUAAUCGUAUAUUCAAAAGUUGUUACAUUAUUUUCCUAUUAUGAAAAUUUUUUUAUGACAACUGAAAAUUGACAUUUAAAUAUAAACAUAGUGAUCACUAUUACAUAUGGUAGUAAAAAAAAAAAAAAACAAAUGAUGAUGAACCAUAACAUGAAAGUUUAUAAUUAAUCAUUGAAAAGGUCAUAUCAAACUCAACAACUAACUCUUACCACAUGAGAAUCAUGAGUGAAUACACAUUUCAACUAGACCAUUCUACAUUUCCACCAUCUCUCUUUCCCCCCUCCAAAAACACAUCAUUACUUCAUAACCCUCUUUGCCAAUCCCUUUUUCUUUAAUUAGAGAUUGUAUUAAAGAUAAUAAACACCUAUUAACAAAGGAUAAUUAGAUAAGCUUUAUUAUUAAAAAAAAAAAGUUUAAUUAAAAAUAAAAAUAAAAAAUAAAAAACACAAAGAAUGCCUUAAAACUAAUUAAAAGCACUAAAUUGCACGGCCGUUACAUUUGGCGCGGGACCCUUGAAUUCUCUCUCCAACAAACGCGCUUUCUCCAAGUCAUACCUGCUUUGCUUUGCUGCUUCUCUUCUCUUCAUUCCUAUUUUCCUUUCUUUUUCAUCAUUUUACAACGCACCAAAAUUAUAUAUUCCUUUUCUUAAAAUUGGUAAAAACCCCUUAAAAAUCCACUAAUUAAAUAAAAUAUAAUUAAUUAAUCCUUGAUUUUUCAGAAGAACGUUCAAACCCCUUUUGAAUAUUUCCUCCAUUUUUCAUCUUCUUCUGGGUUGGAGAAAUUUUUUCUUCAAGGCCACAAAUCCACAAUGGUAUGUAUAACGGGUUUGGUGUGGGUAUUUUGUGUUGCGUAAUCAGAGUCGUGCCUUUCACCUACUUCUCUUUCCAAUAAAGUAUGGCUGAGGAAAAUGAUGAUAAGGCUUCACUUGAAGAUAUGGAGGUGGAGAGUGGUGAUACAAUGACGAAUAUUGAAUCAUUGGCCAAGGAAGUUAGUGAUAGCAGCAUUGACCAGGGGAAAAUGGAAUCUGGCUUUACUGAUGAGGAAGAAACUGAUAAAUUGGCUGAUGGAACUACUUCUUCAAUCAAGGAAGAAGAUGAAAAUUUGAGAGGCAAUAUUACAGAGGGUGUUCUUGAAAAGAAAUCCCCAACCGAAGAUACUGAUUUUUCUGUAGGUCAGCUGAGAAAAAAGCCUGACUUAAUUAUUGUUGGUCCAAAUCAUAAAUUUAAUGUCCGUUCCCGCUAUCGUAAUGCUUCAAUUGGUUCCUGCCACGAUAUGUGCAAAUAUGGCCAUAAACAUGAGUCAGAGAAGAAGACUAGCAGACUAAUACAUCGAACAAAUAGAGAAACCCAGCCCUUAAAGAAGACAACUAGUGAAGACUUGGUAAGUUGUGCGCUGGAGAAAGUGGCCAAGGUGAAAGAGCGGAAACGACGCAUAUCCCUUUCAGGUCCCAUACCAGAGAAAGCUAUACUAAUGCGUAUGGAGGACAAUAAUUCUCCUAAGAAAGACAUAGAUCGGUCAACGAUGAAGCGUGUGCAGAGUGAAUUUAAGCCAUUUACGGUUCCAAGUCCUGGAACUUCAAGCAGAAGUAAGACUAAUACUCAAGCUGUCAAGAAACCAGUGACUCAAAGCCCAAAUUUGCAGAAAAGCUUGACCCAAAAGGUCAAAGCAAUCAAGACAUGGAAGGAAGAGAGCAGCUAUAGCAAGGGUGAAAAGGAGGUCAAGACAAAAGAGCCAUUGUGUAGCCCUUUAGAGACAUCACUGAAGAAGAAAACUAUAUAUGGCAAGGGUGAAAAAGAGAUCAAAGCAAUGGAGCCAAUGAGUAAUUCUCCGAAGACACCCCUGAAGAAAUCUCCAAGCCUCAAAGCAAGACUGUACAAAAAUCGCAAGAGUUCUUCUCGCUUCAAAAAUCAGGUUAAUCCUGAAGAAGCCAAAAUUGGUGGACAUGAUGAUAUUUCUGAGAAAACAUUUUGUUUGAUUAACCCAAAUUCAGAUAUAUCUCCUGGUGAAAAUCCACGAUGUACUCCUCAGACCAGCAAAGCUCAAGGGUCUAAAGGUAGCAAAAAAGGAACUGGGUUCAGUCUGCUGUCUUCUUCAUCUCGAGAUUCUUCUCGGCAUCAGGGCGGGGAUCAGCAAGGUUCAGAGACUACAAAGAACAAACUGGUUGAAGUUAAAACAGAAGAUGGUGGAUCAAAAUCUGUAACACCAAGAGCAAAAUCAACUGUGAGUCGCAGGACGAAAGAUUACAAAAAUACCAAACAGACUGACACAUUACGAGAAGAUGGUUGGUCAAAAACUAGCACUUCAAGAGCUAAAUCAACUGUGGACCCUAAUGUGAAACCAAUAAGGAAAGUGAAAAGUACUUUUGAAGAGAAGGAUGCUUCAGCUUGGAAAGUGAAAUUCAAGAGAGGCACUGUGGUUGCCCUUCAGACUGCAAACAGUGCUCCCAGAAAACUUCGGUUUAAGAGAGGGAAAAUUUUGGGUGAGGACCAAAAUGCCAAGGCUGAGAUUAAAAAAUUGAAGAACGAGAAUGAUAUGGGCAGUGAAACACAGGAUGCUGAACCUGGACCAGAAAAAGUUCGUUUGAGACACCAAGAAGCAUCAGAGAAAAAAGACGAUGUAGAUUUGAACAAUGUGAUUGAAGAGACUGCAAGCAAGCUUGUCAAGACUAGGAAAAGUAAGGUCAAAGCUUUGGUGGGUGCUUUUGAAACUGUGAUGUCUCUUCGUGAUCGCAAACGUUUGGUAGAACCUAGUGCCUCCUGACAUGCAAAAAUAUGGUAUGUAUCAUAUAGAUUUCUGGUGUAUAGUUAUAGCUUUAAAGUCGAGUGACAUGGUGUGAAGAUAGCCAUUUGUGUUUUCCUUUGUUCCCCUAUAUUCAUUCAUGGAGAUGUUUGUACUCCAUAUUUGUUUUGACAUACAAUGUUGCUGUAAUUUGCGGGGAUUUUGGAAUUUCUUCCUUGAUUUAUACCAGUGCUCAUUUUGGAGGCUA